AUGGAUGUUGUCUACAGCUACUGUCUCUGUUUGCUUGCGUUCCUGGCACCAGCAACAGUGUCCAAUGCCCAGCAAUUCCCGCAGUUUGUAACUCAACUCGAUAAAGGUCAACGGCUUAACGGGAACACCAUACCAACUUUCCAAGAUAUAAACUUGUUCAUGGACUCCACCUUUUCGGUGGGCAACUCUUACGUAGCACUCGACUCCAAUGCCACUGCAACCAAGCAGAUGUUCAACGCGUUCAACGAGAAUUCCAUGUUACCGCCUCGGUUAGAUUGUUACAAGCCGACAGAUUGCGCUGAUAUCCAACUGUGCGGGGCUGUACGAAAUGGAAUCUACCGGAUCUACCCGUUCGGGGUCGGUCAUGGCUUUUUGGUCCUGUGUGACCUAGAACAUAUGGGGGGAGGUUGGACGUUAAUUCAAAGGCGUCUGGAUGGUUCGGUGGACUUCAACAGAGGAUGGGAUGACUACAUGGCGGGCUUCGGGAACUUGCUAAGUGAAUUCUGGAUGGGACUACAUAGAGUGAACCAGCUGACGUCCCAGUGCCAGACGGAACUCGUUGUGCGCAUAUCCGACUACACGGGGGAGUCCGCCUGGGCCAUGUAUGAGCAGUUUUACGUAUCCGACGAAGAGAGCAAGUGCCGACUGUUUGUGAGGGGUUAUUCGGGGUCUGCGGGCGAUAGCAUGCAGCUUCAUAGCGGCAUGAUGUUCUCCACCCCGGAUAGCGAUAACGACAUUGCCCCUGAGCGCCAUUGUGCUCAAAACUAUGGCGCCGGUUGGUGGUUUGGUAGGUGUGCUAACGUCAAUCUGAACGGUGUGUACAGCGCCAGGGUUGACGUCGAUCCUCACAAUCUGCGUAACGUCAUGUGGUAUACAUGGAAAAACAGAACCCCUUUACAAUGGGUGCACAUGAAGAUCCGCCCUUCCAAAUUUAAGCCUCCCGAGAAACGUUAA